AUGCUUUUCCUCUUCGCGUGUCUGUCAGUUCCACUAACCGUUUCGUUUCGUUUCAAGUCUGCUAGUAGAUUAGCGAAGAUCGGACCUUCUUCGAUUCUUCAUUUCUUCGCUGCCGACUGUAUUGCUUCAGAGGCAGUUUUCCUUUCUUUUUUACAAGAAUUCAUGGAUUUCUCGGCGAAUGAGAGGUCACUCGCUUCAUCAACCUGCUUGAGCUCUUCUUCGGGGCCUCGUUACGAACGUCGCUCACCAUCACCUUCCCUCCCGUCAUUUGUCCAUUAUAAUCCCUCACGCAUUAGCGCACACGCACGCAUACAGACCCCCUAUCCUCGCCAUUUUCUUCUCUUUUUCUUUCUCCCUUUUGUAAUCUAUCCAUCACCCUUACGUACUCACGCACACAUAUUUACAAACCAACCCAACAUCUAUCAAGUUUCUUUCUUUUACGUCUUCUCUUACACGCACACAGGAGGAAAAAUUGGUAAUUUAAUCCCGAAAAGAUUUUUAUCGCUGGUAAUAUUUUUAUCUAUCUAUCUAUCUAUCUAUCUAUCUAUCUAUCUAAUUUUUUUAUCGCUGGUAAUCUAUCUAUCUAUCUAUCUUGAUCUCUUCAUUCUAUCUCUUUCUCUUGGUCUCUUCAUAUCUAUCUAUCUAUCUAUCUAUCUAUCUAUCUAUCUAUCUAUCUAUCUAAGUAUAUAA